UAUUAAAAUUCUAAAAAGUGAAAAAAAUUGCACGUCAAUGGAUAGACUUUUUCCCCAUGUCCCGCACAAAAUAUCAAGACAAUCUUCAAAUUCACUUCCACACAAAAACUCUUCCUUAGCAAAUAAGAAACCACGAUCGAUCGAUCAAUUAAUCGAACCAGAGCUGGACUAAGAAUCGAACCAUUAUCAAACAAAUGGGGAAUUCGUGCUGUUAUCUUUGCGGAUGCAUAGACCAAGCCAGCAUAGGUGUGAUCGAGCGGUGGGGCCGCUUCGAGAGAUUAGCAGAGCCUGGCUUCCAUUUCUUUAACCCCUUCGUCGGUCAGUUUCUCACCGGUGUCCUCUCCACCAGAAUCCAAUCUCUCGACGUCCGCAUCGAAACCAAAACUAAGGACAAUGUGUUUGUGCAAUUGGUGUGUUCAAUUCAGUACAGAGUGGUGAGGACAAAUGCUGAUGAUGCGUUUUAUGAAUUGGCUAACCCUCAAGAACAGAUUCAGGCUUAUGUCUUUGAUGUGGUUCGAGCUGUUGUUCCGAGAAUGACUUUGGAUGAGCUUUUUGAGCAGAAAGGUGAAGUCGCUAAAUCUGUCUUAGAGGAACUUGAGAAGGUAAUGGGAGCUUAUGGAUAUAGCAUAGAGCAUAUGCUGAUGGUUGACAUUAUACCUGAUGCUUCUGUUCGCAAGGCAAUGAAUGAGAUUAAUGCAGCUCAAAGGCUUCAGCUGGCUAGUGUAUACAAAGGGGAAGCAGAAAAGGUAUUCCAAGUGAAAAAGGCAGAAGCUGAAGCAGAAGCCAAGUACCUCGGUGGGGUUGGUGUAGCCCGACAAAGACAGGCUAUAACAGAUGGAUUGAGGGAGAACAUUCUGAAUUUCUCCCAUAAGGUGGAAGGCACCACUGCUAAGGAGGUGAUGGAUCUUAUAAUGGUCACCCAAUAUUUCGACACAAUCAAAGACCUUGGUAACUCCUCUAACAAUACUACUGUCUUCAUUCCCCAUGGCCCCGGCCACGUUAGAGACAUUACUGACCAAAUACGAAAUGGAAUGAUGGAGGCUGCCAGUGUGCAGGCGAUCCAGGAGGAUUAACUUUGCACAUGUUUGCUGCUGAGCAUUGUCUGUUUUGCUUGGUGUGUGUAGAUUGUAAUGCAUUUUUGUUGGACUUCUGUUUCUGUCUUGCUUGAAUUGAAGGUUAUUGUACAGUGAUGGUUAUGCAUCCAGCGAUGCCACGUCUAGAGAUUGAACGAAAGGAGCGUAUUAACUAUAAUAAAUUAUUGAUGUUGGCAGAAGGUGAAUACGGAAUGCAAAGGGAUAUGUAAUUUGAAUAUUAAUAACGAUAAUUAUACACUACAUAUACUAGUUUAUAUA